AUGGCUGCGGCGGGUUCCCAGCAGACCGGCGCUAGGGAGGGAGACACGGCGGGUGCAGCGGCGGCGUCCGGGCCGCGUGUGUGUCCAGUGGACCCGGACCCGUCGUAUCUUCUUCCUUGCGUGUGUUGCUGCCCGUGGUUGAGGGAUGGCCCCAACUUGCAUCACUAUGGAAGGGCCGAAGUGGUCAGGCCUGGGACGAGGGCCGUGGCGGAGGGAGGUGUGGGCGGCGAGGCGUACGAAGGGAAGAAGCCGGCGGGCAGCGCAGCUGGUUCGAGCAUGCUUAGCGGCGUCGUGAGCAGCAUACCGCGGUCCCCGGCCACCAUGCUCGCCCGUACUCGACGCACGUGCCUGUCCCCGUGUCUCACCGCCCUCGGCUGGGCGCCCCCGCGUGGCCUCGCCGACCUCCCCGCCCGCGCGAGCGAGUUCGCGAGGAUUAGCCGGAGGAGCAUGGCGGCUCGCGGGAAGUGGGGAAGGAAGGGUGGCGGUGGCGUUACUGCAGGCGGCUUGGGUGAGGCCGAUGGGCCUUCGAGAAGGAGAGCAGUGCGGCCCGAGGCAGAGGGACGGAGUGCUCAACCGAGCGGGUUCAGGAGCAUUCGCGUGUGUCCGGGUUCGCGGCUUAUCGGGUAA